AUGGACACACUCCCUAUAGCAAGCGAUAUCGAGCUUGAGCGACUGCGGAGAUCCAUUGUUGACCCGCCAAACACAUCGCUGUUGAGUAAACAUAUUCAUCGGAGAAUUCGCCGGGCACAUACCUAUCACAAGACCCAAAAUUCGCACAUCAACCGUCUCCUCCAGGUGGCAAAUGACCCAACUGCAACGCGGCUGUUGGACGAUCGACCGGACACAUCGGCCUUUCACAUCAAGGCCGCCAUUUACCUUUCCAUCUAUGGCACCAUCAUCGUCGCAGCGCUGCAGAUCUAUGCUGCUGUAACGACACGUUCAUUGUCAUUGUUUGUCACCAUGGCGGAGAGUUGCUGCGAGGCUGUGAGUAACAUUGGCCUCGAUUACCUUCACAGGAAAUCCAAGAAGCUCAGCCAUUCGACCCGAUGGCCCGUGGGCGCAGGGAGACUCUGCAACGCCGGCAACAUCUGCUUUGCCUUUGCCCUGAUGGCCGUCUCAUUGGUCCUGGUCGUUGAGUCGAUGCGUGCGUUGGCCAGCAACGGACACGAGCUCGGAAAAUUUGAAGUGGCAGCCAUUGUCGCUGCUGCGUGCGGAUUCGGCAUUAAGCUUUUUUUGGCCGUCUAUUGCUUCAUCUUUCGGAAACACAGUAGCCAAUUGGAGAUGCUCUGGGAGGACAACCGCAACGACUGCUUCGAAUAUGGAUUUGCCAUCUUCACCUCCGCAGCUGGUGCCAAGCUGAAAUGGUGGGUUGAUCCGGCCGGUGCCAUGCUCAUCGCCUGUGUUAUCAUCGUCACCUGGAUCGGUACUGUACGUUCGGAAUUUCUGGAGCUCUGCGGAAUAGGAGCCUCCCCCAGCGUGGUGCAGGAGAUCGUGUUCCUUACUCUUCGUCAUUCUGAUUUGAUAUUGAAAGUCGACUCAGUCCAUGCGUAUCACUGGGGUGAAGACUUGUUCGUCGAGGUGGAUAUUGUUAUGGCGCCUGAGCGCAGCCUUCGCGAGGCCCAUGAUGUCUCGCAAGGGCUACAAGACAAGCUCGAGACGGUUGAAGGCUUCGAUCGAGCUUUUGUACACGUUGACUACGAGGCGUCUCAUAUGCCCGAGCACCGCAAAACCCGCUGA